GCUCGUGCUCGCGCCGGUGCGUUGCAGCCCGGGCCGCGCCCCUGCCCGGCUGCGUCGCGUUCCUAGCCCUGCCGAUGCUGGUAGUCUGGCCGAGGGGAGCGACGUAGCCGCGCCCCCCCACCUCCCCCCACCCCAGUCCCGGCCCCCGCCCAGACGCGAGCCGGGCUGGUCAUGGCGGACCGCGGGUGCCCGCUGGAGGCGGCGCCGUUGCCCGCAGAGGUGCGGGAGAGCCUGGCUGAGCUGGAGCUGGAGCUGUCGGAAGGUGACAUCACUCAAAAAGGAUAUGAAAAGAAAAGGGCAAAGCUGCUUGCACGUUAUAUACCACUUAUUCAAGGAAUAGACUCGUCUCUGCAAGCAGAAAAUAGAAUCCCCAGGACCUCACAAACCACUGCCGUUGUGCCCAAACAGAAGUCUCGGCCCACCAACUCGCGGGACGAGCGUUUCCGGUCAGAUGUUCACACUGAAGCCGUUCAAGCAGCUUUGGCCAAAUACAAAGAGAGGAAGAUGCCUAUGCCUUCAAAAAGGCGUUCUGUUCUUGUGCAUUCAUCUGUGGAAACCUACACCCCUCCAGACACGUCGUCUGCCUCAGAAGAUGAGGGCUCUUUACGACGACCCGGGCGACUCACCUCCACUCCGCUCCAGAGCCAUUCCAGCGUCGAGCCCUGGCUCGACCGGGUCAUUCAGGGCUCGUCCACCUCAUCCUCUGCAUCCUCCACCUCAUCUCACCGGGGAGGGAGACCCGCUGCUGCUCCCAGUGCUGCUGCCACUCCAGGGGCUGCUGCUGCCACUGCACUUGCAGGCCUUGCGGCCCACGCCCACAUAGAUCUGCAUUCUGCCCCUCCUGAUGUCACCACAGGCCUCGUGGAGCAUUCGUACUAUGAGCGUCCACAGGUGGCUUCUGUGAGAGGUGUUCCUCGGGAGUACAGCAGGAGUAUCCUGGAAACAGCAGACGGUGUCCCUGUGAAUAGCAGAGUGUCCUCCAAAAUCCAGCAGCUUCUAAACACCCUGAAGAGGCCAAAACGCCCUCCACUGAAGGAGUUUUUUGUGGAUGAUUUUGAGGAAUUGUUAGAAGUUCAGCAACCAGAUCCAAACCAGCCGAAGCCCGAGGGAAACCAGACGGGAGUGCUGAAGGGGGAACCUCUGGCUCCAGGACCUCCCCGGCCUUUGUCACUGCUGGCCACCUUACAGCUCUGGGGUACAACACAGCCCAAAGCUCCCUGCGUGACUGCCUUGGAUACAACUGGAAAGGCCACCUACACCCUUACCUAUGGCAAACUUUGGAGUCGGAGUUUAAAACUAGCUUAUACUCUACUUAAUAAAUUGACUAGUAAGAAUGAACCACUACUUAAACCUGGAGACAGAGUGGCGCUUGUGUUUCCAAACAGUGACCCUGUGAUGUUCAUGGUUGCAUUUUAUGGGAGUCUCCUAGCAGAGCUGGUUCCUGUACCCAUAGAAGUGCCAUUAACAAGAAAGGAUGCAGGCAGCCAGCAGAUUGGGUUUCUGCUGGGCAGCUGUGGAGUUUCCCUGGCCUUGACCACAGAUGCUUGUCAGAAAGGCCUGCCCAAGGCACCAACAGGAGAGGUGGCAACUUUCAAAGGUUGGCCCCCACUCUCCUGGCUGGUGAUUGAUGGGAAGCAUCUUGCCAAGCCCCCCAAGGACUGGCACCCUCUAACCCAGGAUGCAGGAUCCGGGACUGCCUACAUUGAGUAUAAAACCAGCAAAGAAGGCAGCACAGUGGGAGUCACAGUGUCCCAUGCGUCCCUGCUGGCACAGUGCCAAGCCCUGACCCAGGCAUGUGGGUACUCAGAAGCUGAAACAUUAACAAAUGUGCUGGAUUUCAAAAGGGAUGCUGGUCUGUGGCAUGGAGUGUUAACAAGUGUCAUGAACAGGAUGCAUGUGGUCAGCAUCCCCUAUGCACUGAUGAAAGUUAACCCGCUCUCCUGGAUUCAGAAAGUGUGUUCCUAUAAAGCCCGGGCUGCACUAGUGAAGUCCCGAGACAUGCACUGGUCUCUCCUAGCUCAGCGGGGUCAGAGGGACAUCAGCCUCAGCUCACUGCGCAUGUUGAUUGUGGCCGAUGGUGCUAACCCAUGGUCAAUCUCCUCCUGUGAUGCCUUCAUUAACGUCUUCCAGUCCAGAGGUCUGAGGCCAGAGGUCAUCUGUCCUUGUGCCAGUUCUCCUGAGGCACUCACAGUUGCCAUUCGCAGGCCACCUGAUCUGGGAGGACCUCCUCCAAGAAAAGCUGUCCUAUCAAUGAACGGUCUAAGUCACGGGGUGAUCAGAGUUGACACGGAAGAAAAGCUGUCAGUUCUUACUGUCCAGGAUGUUGGUCAGGUGAUGCCUGGAGCUGAUGUGUGUGUCGUGAAGGUGGAAGGUACCCCUUAUCUUUGUAAGACUGAUGAAGUUGGAGAAAUAUGUGUCAAUUCCAAUGCAACUGGAACAGCAUACUAUGGAUUACUUGGCAUCACAAAGAAUGUGUUUGAGACUGUUCCAGUUACUGCAGGAGGAGCACCUAUCUCUGACAGGCCUUUCACCAGGACGGGCCUGCUGGGCUUCAUUGGACCUGACAACCUGGUCUUCAUUGUGGGGAAGCUGGAUGGGCUGAUGGUCGUGGGAAUUCGCAGACACAAUGCAGAUGACGUUGUGGCCACCGCGCUGGCUGUGGAGCCCAUGAAGUUUGUCUACAGAGGCAGAAUUGCUGUGUUUUCUGUGACUGUGCUGCAUGAUGACCGCAUUGUCUUGGUGGCUGAGCAGCGGCCUGAUGCCUCGGAGGAGGACAGCUUCCAGUGGAUGAGCCGCGUGCUGCAGGCCAUCGACAGCAUCCACCAGGUAGGCGUGUAUUGUCUGGCCCUGGUUCCUGCCAAUACCUUGCCCAAGGCUCCUCUCGGAGGGAUUCAUAUUUCUGAAACCAAACAGCGCUUUCUGGAAGGGACACUGCACCCCUGUAAUGUCCUGAUGUGUCCUCACACUUGUGUUACCAACCUUCCCAAGCCUCGUCAGAAACAACCAGAGGUUGGACCAGCCUCAAUGAUCGUGGGGAACCUGGUUGCUGGGAAGAGAAUUGCACAGGCCUCUGGGAGAGAGCUGGCCCACCUGGAGGAUAGUGACCAGGCUCGGAAGUUCCUGUUCCUUGCCGAUGUGCUGCAGUGGCGAGCCCACACCACUCCUGACCACCCACUGUUUCUGCUGCUGAAUGCCAAGGGCACAGUCACAAGCACUGCAACUUGUGUCCAGCUGCACAAAAGGGCUGAGAGAGUAGCUGCAGCUUUGAUGGAGAAGGGAAGACUGAAUGUUGGGGACCAUGUGGCUCUGGUCUACCCCCCAGGGGUGGACCUAAUUGCCGCGUUCUAUGGUUGCCUAUACUGCGGCUGCGUGCCCGUCACUGUGCGGCCCCCACACCCCCAGAACCUUGGCACCACGCUCCCCACCGUCAAGAUGAUUGUGGAGGUUAGCAAGUCUGCCUGCGUCCUCACCACGCAGGCUGUCACGCGGCUGCUCAGAUCCAAAGAAGCUGCUACUGCCGUGGACAUCCGGACCUGGCCAACCAUACUAGAUACAGAUGACAUCCCGAAAAAGAAGGUAGCCAGCAUUUUCAGACCCGCCUCCCCAGAUGUGCUGGCGUACUUGGACUUCAGUGUGUCGACCACUGGGAUAUUAGCGGGAGUGAAGAUGUCGCAUGCAGCCACGAGUGCCUUGUGCCGCUCCAUAAAGCUACAGUGUGAACUGUACCCCUCCCGGCAGAUCGCCAUCUGCCUCGACCCCUAUUGUGGCCUGGGCUUUGCCCUGUGGUGUCUGUGCAGUGUCUACUCAGGACACCAGUCAGUGUUGGUGCCCCCAUUGGAACUGGAGAGCAACGUGUCCCUGUGGCUGUCAGCCGUCAGCCAGUACAAGGCACGUGUCACCUUCUGCUCUUACUCUGUGAUGGAGAUGUGCACCAAGGGCCUGGGCACGCAGACAGGCAUCCUCAGGAUGAAGGGGGUAAACCUGUCAUGUGUGCGCACGUGCAUGGUGGUUGCUGAGGAGAGACCCAGGAUUGCGCUGACUCAGUCCUUCUCCAAGCUGUUCAAGGACCUGGGCCUGCCUGCCCGCGCCGUGAGCACCACAUUUGGUUGCAGGGUCAACGUGGCCAUCUGCCUUCAGGGCACGGCUGGCCCAGACCCCACAACUGUCUACGUGGACAUGCGAGCGCUGCGCCAUGACAGGGUGCGUUUGGUAGAACGAGGUUCUCCACACAGUCUGCCAUUAAUGGAAUCUGGAAAGAUCCUUCCUGGAGUGAAGGUCAUCAUCGCACAUACCAAGACCAAAGGACCCCUUGGAGACUCACACCUGGGCGAGAUCUGGGUGAGCAGCCCCCACAAUGCCACUGGGUAUUACACGGUCUAUGGGGAGGAGGCACUUCAUGCUGACCACUUCAGUGCCCGACUGAGUUUUGGAGACACCCAGACCAUCUGGGCAAGGACUGGCUACCUUGGCUUCCUUCGAAGAACAGAGCUCACCGAUGCCAGUGGAGGGCGGCAUGAUGCACUAUAUGUUGUUGGGUCUCUGGACGAAACACUCGAGCUGAGAGGCAUGCGGUACCACCCCAUUGACAUUGAGACAUCUGUGAUCCGAGCACAUAGGAGCAUCGCUGAGUGUGCUGUGUUCACCUGGACCAACCUGCUAGUUGUCGUGGUGGAGCUGGAUGGGCUGGAGCAGGAUGCGCUGGACCUGGUGGCCUUGGUGACCAAUGUGGUACUGGAGGAACACUACCUGGUUGUGGGCGUGGUGGUCAUUGUGGACCCAGGUGUGAUCCCCAUCAACUCUCGGGGUGAAAAGCAGCGCAUGCAUCUACGGGAUGGCUUCCUGGCUGACCAGCUGGAUCCAAUCUAUGUGGCCUACAACAUGUGAACUCAGCACACCAGCCUCAGAUGCCAGCGAUGGGAGACCUGAUCAGUCCAAGGUGUGACAUGGGAAGACACCAUGGAGUCUCCCCACAGGGAGAACAGAAUUUGCUUUCACAACUUGCCCUUCCUGUACUUUUACAGCUCCUUCUCAACAGUUUCCCAAAUCUCAUCUUAGAAAGCACUUCCUGAAUUAUUUAAAGAAACAUUUGGAAUCUGCCAAGUAUAUUUGUAAAAACGUGGAUACUGAUAUUUAACAGAUGGAAUGACUGGAAAAGGAAUGGAAGGGCCUUGUGUGGGCAUUGUGUGGAAUCAUUGACACCCGUGGUUGUUCUCUGCUGUACUGCAAGUUUGCACUUUCUUUAGCCUCAAAAUAUAGUUCCUAAUUUUAGAAAUUUAACUAUUUCCACUUCAGUUGGCAAAUUCAUAUAUAGAAUACAUGCUGAAGAGAACUUUGAGGUCAUGAAUACAACUUCCCUGCUUAUGUUUCAAGGAGUGAAGCCCAGCUCAGCAAAGCUAAUGGGAAGGGAGCAAGUCUGAGUCCAUCCUCCCCAGUCAUAGAGGGCACCAUGGCCAUGCAUGGUACUUCCUCUGCCAGUUUCUUUAUUUGAACAGGCGAGUCGGAUGUCAGCAUAUGUUGUCAUAGACGCUUGAUAAAUGCCAUUUUGGAUGGUCAAGUUAGAUGCUCUGUUUCAGAAAGAUAAGCCAGCAUUUAGUUUAAAAUCAUUUUCCUGGUUUGUAACUUCAUGCUACUAGUUAAAUUGCUAGUUUUCAUAACACUACAAUAUUAACUCUUCUUGUAGAAGUGUACUGAUUUAUUAUUUUUAUUCCAAGUCAGCAAAUGGAAACAUUGGCUGCAAUCUAAGUUUUACAUCCAUUACUGCUUGUUUGGUAAGCACCUGCAGUACUGUCGAGGGGCAACUGAGUAGCCUUGCCCCACGUUGAAGGUGAAGAUGGUUACAUCAUCACUGGCUUUUGCAUUUUGAGUUCUGUGCCACUCACAUUUGGCCAAACCAUUUUUCACUUAUUUUACUCAAAUUUGACAAGCUUACUGAGUGAUCUAAAAUGAUACUGAACCUAAAUCAAAGAAGGGAAUGUAAAAUGCUGUAGAUACUUCUAAGAAUUUGAAGUUGAGCACGAAUCUAAGACACAGAUUAUUUUUAUAUAGUUAAUUAAGAGUAUGUUAUGAAAUUGUUGGGCUUUUGGGCAUUGAGGGUGGGAAAUUUUAUGAAUCAUGCAUGCUUCAGAGAAACAACCAGGUUUUUCCAGAAUUAGCCUGGAUCAGUGCCUAAUAAAGCUGUUAUUAAUGCUCCACAAAUGAGUCUGGCUAACUGGACCAACUCUCAUAUUUACUCUUGUCUGGCUACAGAUAGCACUGUGCAUAGUAGCCCUGUCUGCCCAUGGUGUUGGGCUGUGGUAUAGUAUGUUGCAACAUACUAGAAUCCUAAUAAUUCUGUUGUAAUUAUGUACAGAAUCUAUGUAAUUUAUUGUUUCACAUAGAGAGGUUCUAGCAGUGGUCUAAUGGACAUUCCUGACAAUACAAUGGCUGGUAAGGGAAAAGAACUACCUAACUUCUAUCUUAAUGUAGUUUUAUAGAAAACAAAAAUUGUAAACUUUUUGUAUUGAAAGGUCAGUGGCAGUAAGACAAGAUGUCUUAUAAAUUAAAAUUGUAAGAAGUACAUUAAAAAUGUUUUAGAAUUAUUCUCUGGAAAUUCUGUAUAUCAUUCUAAAAUUUUUAUAUUAUAAUGUGAAUAAAAGUUAUUGACUUUGUAAUUCUG